CGGGACUCGUUUAUUUGUCUUAUUUUUGGUGCUUUACAUCUCUCCUCAGAUGACUCUAGGAGGAGCUGAGGGCGGGUGUCAGCUCUGUAGGUUCACGUGACAAGACAAAGGGCAGCCACAGCAAGAAGACGGCACAGCAGAGCCGAGUAUGUGGAAGCAGCUCCUGGAGGACGGCAGGUCGGCCUUCAAUGACCACUGGCCUCACAGCCUCCUGAUCCCGGCCGCUCUCGGUUUGGGGGGGGCUCUGAUGUGUUGGAAGCUGCAUGGACGGAAGAUAAAGUCUAUUGAGCUGGGAGAAGGCUGGUGGGGUCCGGGGGAGAAGCCCCUCACCCACGGAGAGGACACGCGUGUGCGCCCCUUUGUCGUUGAGGCCUUGGAGGCCGAUAUUGAGGAUCUUCACAGACGCUUGGAUGCUUCCCGGUUCUUCUCUCCUCUAGAAGACUCCAGAUUUCACUAUGGGUUUAACUCUACACAUCUGAGGAAGGUGAUUUCUUACUGGAGGAAUGAGUAUGACUGGAAGAAGCAAGUAAAGAACCUCAAUAAAUAUCCACACUUUAAGACAACCAUAGAAGGUCUGGACAUACAUUUCAUCCAUGUGAAGCCAUCACAUCUGAGCCCUGGACAGAAAGUCUAUCCUCUUCUCAUGGUCCAUGGCUGGCCAGGCUCCUUCUACGAGUUCUAUCACAUCCUCCCGCUCCUGACAGACCCCAAGUAUCAUGGUCUAAAUUCAAACAUUGCCUUUGAGGUCAUCUGUCCAUCUAUCCCAGGAUACGGCUUUUCCGAGGCCCCAUCUAAGAAGGGAUUUAAUGCCUUCGCUGCUGCCCGCAUCUUCUACAAGUUAAUGCUAAGACUUGGAUACAAUGAAUUUUACCUCCAGGGUGGAGACUGGGGCAGUAGGAUCACCUGUCUCUUAUCUCAGAUGAAGCCGGAGUCAGUAAAGGGUCUCCAUCUGAACUUUGUGAUGCUUAUGACCGGAGAACUAGGGAGGCUGAAAUCUCUGCUGAUUGGUCGAUAUGUGCCCUGGUUGGUGGGUCUGACGAGAGAAGAUGUCAGACACCUUUAUCCCUAUAUGGAGAAUGUGUUCAGACUCCUAAGGGAGAGCGGAUACUUUCACAUACAGGCGACCAAACCUGACACUAUAGGCUCGGCUCUGAAUGACUCUCCCGCUGGACUCGCUGCCUACAUCCUAGAGAAGUUCUCAACAUGGACAGAAGACGGCUUUCGAAACCUAGAGGACGGCGGCCUGGACAGGAAAUUCACUCUUGAUGAUCUCUUAACCAACGUGAUGAUCUACUGGAUUACCGGAUCCAUCGCAUCCUCCAUGAGGUUCUACAAGGAGAACUUGCAUCGUGACUAUAAUCGCACCCCAGACACCAAGGUCGGGGUGUUUGUGCCCACUGGCAUCGCGGCUUUCCCCUGUGAGAUGGAGCACACGCCCCGGGUGUGGGCAAAGCAGAAGUUCCACAACAUCGUCUCCUACAACUACAUGCCCCGCGGGGGGCACUUUGCUGCCUUUGAGGAACCAGAACUUCUGGCCCGCGACAUCCAGAACUUUGUGUCUAAAGUUGAGAAGAUGUGAAGGAAGGAAAAGCGGAUCACGUGAUCGUCUCCAUGGAAAAAUGAAUAUUCCUGAAUAGAAUUCCAGAACUACAGUGAAGACUGACACAACUUCACUAGGUUUCAUACAUUUGUCAUAGGUCCAUCUGAUGUCUGUGGGUGCUGUUAGUUUCGUGCCCGUAGCUCGUGGGGUGACCCCCCCCCCCCCGGUAUAUGGCGCAUGUACAUUUCCAAUAUGGAGACAAUAAAAUGCUGAUCAGAA